AGCGACCAACGCGUGUGCUGCUGCGAGUUCACUCCUUCUUUGAUUUGCUGCUGACACGGAUACACGUUUCUCCCCGCGUUGCUUCGCAUCUCGUCACGAAAGGUCACUCUCACCACUGAAGAACAACGUGUGAGGGAAAACAAGAAAAGGAAACUAUAAACAAGAAAAGAAACGUAUAUCUUCAGAAGGCAACAAACAGCAGGCAUUGCUAUUUCAUUGUGCACAGAAAUACGCUUCUUUUUUUGUCUUGUUGAAGUCCCGUCCGACUCCUUUAUUUCUUCUCUUUCUACGAGUUCACGUAUCCCUGGUGCGCACCCUCGUCGGUUUGAGGUUUUCCUUCUCUAUCCUCUCUGUUACUCCGCCUGCUUCACUCUCGUCACCCGCAUGGCGACCAUUCCAUCUUGCGACGAGUACGCCGGGCAGAGCGUUAUCUCGACCACCGCCUACGGCGCGCUCUGCGUGGAGCCGGCCGCGCCGCAGAAUCAGUUCGUGUUCUACCUCCCCUCCGUCGCCACCUGGUUCAAGGACAACUGGUACGUGAUCUUCAUCGUCGCCCUCGUCGUCGUGCUGUGCGUGGUGGCCAUCGCCCUGCAGUGUAUUCGCUGGUCCCGCCGGCUGCGGCACCGCCACGAGCGGGAAUUACGGGAUAAGCGAGUUGGCGGGCUGCUGCGGAUGGUGAGCACGUCGUUUCGCGUGCCCGCUGCGUCUUCCGCGGCGCAGCCUCCUACAAGCAAGAACGACCGUGACACGUCUGUCAAGUCUCGCAGCACCACUACCACGACGACGACCAGCUCGCUGUCUUCAUCAGAUGAUGAUGAUGAUAGCAGCAGCCGUUCUUUUAGCGAAAGCAACAGCGGUGUGGAGGCGGCUGAUUUGUCCAACCGUGGGCAUCGUCAUCAUCCGAACUAA